AUGUCAACCAGUAUUCACGAAGAGACUCACGCAGACCUUGCUACAGGAUCACUUGAGGAAUUCUUCAACCAGAUUCCCUCAGUGCAGAUCGUUAUAUUGCAAUGGGUUGAUAUUUGUGGAAUUUCGAGGACAAGAUUACUCCCUGCUUCACGAUUCAAGAACCUUGUGAGAUCUGGUAGUCACCUUGAUUGCGCCCCGUUGGAUACACUCGUACCUACUACCGCUGAAUUUAUCCCUCAAUUAUUCGCUCUUUUCAAUGGAAAGGGCAAGAUACACCCUGAUGUUUCCUCAAUCCGAACUAUGAAGCAUGAUGCAUCUGGAAUCGGCAACACAGCUCAUUGCGUUGGUACUGUGGAUUUUCAGAAUACUGAUGCCCGACUCCUCUUGAAAAGCAUCGUUCAAAAAGCUGAAGAGUCUCGCGGAUUGAGGUUCCUUAUUGGAAUUGAGUUGGAGUUCUGCUUUCUCGUUCCAGGAACCCUGGAGGCCGCUGAGCCUGCAAAGCCUGGAGUUGCUGGUACUUUCGGCACUCUCCGCUCCAAAGUGUGGCCUAUACUCAACGAAAUCAUUGUUGCUUUUGGUGAAGCGGGGAUUGAAGUUGAGCAAGUGAUAAAAGAGUACGGCACAUCGGCCUAUGAAGUGGCUCUCCCUCCUCUUCCUCCUAUCGAAGCCGUGGACACCUAUUACUAUGCCAAAGAGCUAAUCCAGAAUGUGGCACAUAAGCAUGGAAUCCUUGCCACUUUCUAUCCAACACCAUACGGCGGAGAACAAGGCCAGAAGAGCGGACAGCACAUUCACAUCUCGGCAACCCCGACGGAGGAAAAUCAAGACUGGAACCCUGAUGACACCCUGGCAGGCAUAUUGAGCCAUAUACCUGCACUCAUGGCAUUGGGUAUGUGCCAGAUUGAUUCUUAUGAGAGAGUCAAUAUCGGGAGAAUGUGUACCGGCGGUCUUGUAGGCUGGGGUGAUAAUAAUCGAGACAUGCCUAUUAGAAGAGUCAGCAAGAACCACUGGGAGAUCCGUGUCAAUGACGCCACUUCGAAUUCCUAUGCCAUGGUCGCGGGAAUCAUUGGUGCCGCACUCGACUCCAAGCCGCUUACAGUUAGAAACGCGACCGAAUUCACAUUGGUGUAUUCCGAAGAAGAAAGACAGAAAAUGGAACUGACCAAGCUUCUACCGACGUCUCUUGAGGUUGCAUUAAAGGAGCUGGAAGAUGACAGAGCUUGGGCAGAUAGUGUUCUCGGUCAAGGGUAUAUCGAUUGGUUCCUUGCAAUUAAGCGGGCAGAGAUGAAUACAGUUUCGAAGAUGGAGACUAAGGAGCGAAGAUUGCAUAUGCUUAGCUUCUUCUGA